GCCCCGGCGAGUCCGGCUCCUCCCCGGGCCCUCCCUCCGGCUCUCCUGGGCCCGCGAGGAGCCGGGAGCUGGCCCGCUGAGCGGCGCUAAGUGUGGCGGGGCAUUGUAGGCAGGGGCGGGCCCGGGGGCGGAGGCCGAGCAGCGGUUGCUACGGAGGACUGGGCGGGGACGCGGCCCCGAGGACGGAAGUGAGAAAGUUGCCGGCGUCCCGGGGAGAGUUGGCCGAGCUGUGCGCGCACCGCAGCGAUGGGAGGUUCGGGCAGUCGUCUGUCUAAGGAGCUGCUGGCCGAGUACCAGGACCUGACGUUCCUGACCAAGCAGGAGAUCCUCCUAGCCCACAGACGCUUUUGCGAGUUGCUUCCCCCAGAGCAUCGGACCGUGGAGGAGUCACUGCACACCCGAGUAUCAUUUGAGCAGGUCCUCAGCCUUCCAGAGCUCAAGGCCAACCCCUUCAAGGAGCGAAUCUGCAUGGUCUUCUCUACGUCACCCACCAGAGACAGCCUGAGCUUUGAGGACUUCCUGGACCUCCUGAGUGUCUUCAGUGACACAGCAACCCCAGACAUCAAGUCACACUAUGCCUUCCGCAUCUUUGACUUUGAUGAUGAUGGAACCCUGGACAGAGAAGACCUGAGCCGGCUUGUGAACUGCCUCACAGGAGAGGGCGAGGACACUCGGCUCAGUGCUUCUGAGAUGAAACAGCUCAUCGACAAUAUCCUGGAAGAGUCAGACAUUGACAGGGAUGGGACCAUCAAUCUCUCUGAGUUCCAGCAUGUCAUCUCUCGCUCACCAGACUUUGCCAGCUCCUUUAAGAUUGUCCUGUGAUGGCUUCUGAGUGCCAACAUCCUGUCCAAGACCUUUCCACUGCUGAGAUGUGGCCAAGGUUAUGCCUGCGGUGUCAGGGCCAGUGCCGGCCCAGCCUGGAGUGGGCGCUGCAGAAUCUGGUCCCCUGGCAGGGGAGGACCCUCCCCCUUGUCACUGCUGUUGUCAUCACUGUGUUUACUAAUUGGUAAUAAAGGUUUAGAAAUGUUUGA